AGCUGGCGGCGAGCAUCACGGUUUCUCUUUUUCGUUUAAUGACGCUAACGGCCCCAACGUGUCGCCGUGGUUGCCUAGCUCACUGAGCGUCUGCUCGUGGCAGCGUCGGCAACGGCGCGCUCCUCCCACGCAGACACAGACAACGCGCGGAAAUUAUGGCGUCUGCUACACUUCUGCUGGCCUCGCGCCGCUUUUUGUGAGAAAUUUAUCCUCGUGCAUCCGUGCUCGGAGCUGCGAACGGUGUGGUGUUUUGUCGGUCCAGUCGACGACUCGUAAGCGCCUGUCGUGGAGUUGUGUGCUCGACAAAGUCCGCGAUGUCGAAUCCCGCGUCGCCCGUGUCGCGGACGUCGACGGCGCCAAGCUCCGGUCGCGCGUCGCCGGCCCCGGCGCCCAUGCCCGCCUCCUGCCCCGUCGCCAACGGAAACGGGCCCGCUUUGCGCCGGGCCAUGCUUCGCCAUUCGUCCAUCAGCAGCGUGGAAUUCUACGACGUCGCGUUCAAGGUGAUGCUGGUGGGCGACUCUGGUGUGGGCAAGACGUGCCUGCUGAUCCGCUACAAGGACGGCUCGUUCCUCAGCGGAGCCUACAUCUCCACCGUCGGCAUGGACUUCAGGAACAAGGUUGUGACCGUAGAUGACUACAAGGUCAAGCUGCAGAUAUGGGACACGGCCGGCCAGGAGAGGUUCCGGAGCGUCACACACGCCUACUACAGGGACGCACACGCGCUCCUGCUUCUCUACGACGUCUCGAACAAGACCAGCUUCGAUAACACGAGGGCAUGGCUGGGCGAGAUCAACGAGUACGCGCAGGAUGACGUGGUCAUAAUGCUCAUCGGCAACAAGGCCGACAUCAUGCAGGACCGCCAGGUGCGCACCGAAGACGGAGAGAGGCUGUCCAGGGAGUACGGAGUGGCCUUCAUGGAAACCAGUGCCAAGACAGGCUGCAACGUGGAACUGGCCUUCAUGGCCGUGGCACGGGAGCUGAAGCAGCGGGCGUCCCGGUCGGUGCACGGCGCGUCGGGCCGCUUCAACAUGACCGAGUACAUUCGCCAGGAGAGCCAAGCGAAGCCCAACGGCUGCUGCAGUAGUUAGGGAUGGCGCGUCAAGCUCCGGCUGCCCUUCUAGCACCCCCAGCAAACUGCGCACGCCGCCCCGCCCCUCGACGACCACCUCGGCACAGAGUGCUCCUACACCGGCCGCCAGCAUCGACGCCGCUGGUAGCGCCGAUGCCGGUACUGGAACUGCUGGCUUCGGUGCUGUGGCUUCCGGGGCCGCCGGAAGCGCCAGCCAAGGUCCAGCACCAGCGACGCCGCUUCCCGCUCUGGCCUUGCCGGAACUACUGCCGCCGGAACCGCUCACUUGGCGCUAUACAUGGUUUGGGGUAUGGCAGUAGCCCGCGUUCCGAAUCGCAGUGAGACCAGCUCCGGAACUACCGCUGCUGCUUGCCCGGAAACCAUCCGCCUCACUUGGGACACCGGAAGUGCCACACGAUCACCGUGGACUGGACGGCUGGUUCAAGCACUGCCUUUAUUUCCGCGCCCGCCGGUCGCGCAGCCCUUGCGGCCCGAUCACCGCGCAGCCAGUCAGGGUGUCGUUUAUCAGCUGGGUUGGCAGCCUGCCAUGGGCCGUGCCUGUUCGGGAUGGAGAGCAGGUGACGGACCGCGGCAACAGAGUUCCUGCCGACGGAAGAGUUUGUCGUGCGUGGCCGCAGACGGGCAGCUCCUAGCCCAGGCUUUCGGGGUCGCCCACUGCACAUAUUUCGAACGCGGCCUAGCUGCGGCCUAGCACGGUCGGCUUCCCCGGAUUACGCUUCUUGUUCAGCAGCCGAGAUGCCAUGUGAGCCAAAGGGAAUUUUCCUCCCGUGGAGCCGCAUCCAAAUGUGGAUAGGCUAUACCUGUAGACCUUGGCGGUUCAAGGUAUUGCAUCGUGAUCGUUGGUGUAGGUGCCCCUUCCAUUGUUUAACUCAUUCGCACGAAUAAUAACUCUGAGGCAGCGAAUCGUCGACAUCUGACGUAGCGGUUAAAGACUCUGACUGGCUGCGCGGUGAUCACGUGGCCGAAAAAGUCAUGCGCGCAAGCUUCAACGUUCGCGCGCCUUUGUUUAAGGCCAAUGAGAACGAGAGACGCGCGCAGGGGCUUGCGCUCUUCCGUUAGUGUCACCCUUUGUUGACCUACCCUGUAAUAACCGCGCCCUGUAUAUGUGGCAGCAGGAGCAGAUGUGGACUGAAGCUUGGACUCUGUUGGACUGUGUGCACGUGCGUGUGUGUGUGUCUGUCUAUGUAUGCGAAAGCCCGAUCCAGUGGCUUUUAUUCUCGACUACAGUUGUCGAAACGGCAGCGGUCGACAACUGCGCCGACGAAGAAGCUCCUCCGAAGCGCAUUGUGUUGUGUAUAUGUUAGGUAUUUUGCUGCAAACGAAAUCUUAUGAGUUGCCGUAAACAGGAAGGUAAAGGACAAUUAAGCCGUCUUCUCUGUCUUAUUGGUUGAAAUAAGAACGUGGCCUACUCUCAGACUGGUCCGCCAUAUGCUGCUUCAGGGCAGUAUUUUUCAGUAUCUGCAUUAAAAGUUUUACCAGAGUAUCAAGAAAGUAUUAAUGAACUCUGGUAUUACGUUCAGAAGUUUAGCGGCUAGUGUUAUAUAUGUCGCAAAUUAAUCACGUUGUUCAUAUCUUUGGCUUUCCGCAGAGACGAGAUUGUUCCACGUGAUUCUCGAAGCUCGCGCGGUUCAUGAUUGCAGUGAAGCCACAGCCGCUGAUUGUUGUAAACAAAACGUGGGUAACAAAAAUUAACUAAUGUAUGAAACUUCGACACAAGAGAACCACAGUUUCUAGUCCUUAUGUUCAUGAGCGGCGGUCACUUCGCGUCUGACGAAUGGCGGGUCUCGGACGACAACAGCGUGACCUCUCACGCCGAGCUGGCCUUCAUAAUUUUGACGAAGCCUGCACUUACAUCGUAAACGACCGGCGUAGCAGACUGCGAGAUCUAAAGCUGACAUCGGUUCAUCAAGGCCCUGAUCGAUUAUGAAACAUUGGGCAGUCAGUAUUAACGUUAUCGUGCCGUUUAGGCAAUUACACUGUGCUGUUCAGUUCGUCUUCCAUGUACAAUGUCAACACGAAAAUGAACCGUGAAGACAUGCCGCACAAUUGCGUUCUGUUUUUCAGCUGUGUCGCGCCUUCAGCCGAACGGCUCUGCCAGUUCUGGCUCUUGUUGCACUCUGUUUACUACGUCACCAGGCGGUAAUGUGGUGUGCAAACUUAGCUUACUCAUCGUGUUAAGAAUUCCACUCGGCAUUUUAUAGCAGGGAUUAUGAUGCCUGUUAUUUUUCCAGGUCUGGCAAAGUCAGCACCUUUUUGUUAUCCUCUUCCCAUGUUGGUUUUGACGUGCAAACGGUGCUGCAAUUUUCCAGCGUUGAGAAAGAAAAAAAAAAAAGAUGGCCUUUGCGACUGUAUACAGUUAGAGGGAGUCUUCGCGUACAGUAUUAAGUCGAGUCAUGGUUGUGCUGUAAACGUUAUGCACAGCGUAUCUCUGUCCUUGAAACCUCAGUCGUGGUUGCAUUGUCUUCAGCUGCGUGGUUGAAUAACCACCGCUCUAGACAUUUCACUGAAACAUGGCUGCGGUGACGAGGCAGUGUAUUCAGCAGCAUGUCUUCUUCCCGAAAUUCUCUGCGGCUUGAUUUCAUAGCGAUUCUGCGCCAUGAUUGAUGUCGGGACAAACAGGGUGGUUCGGGCGGACUGCACACCCCGGCUUCUGUUUCCUCUUAUUCACAGUAUAGAGGUGGCUGCUGUACCGCACCAAGCUCCACGGGGAGGUCACUGAACUGCACGAUCAUAGUACUUUGCUUUCGUUAUAUUGAGACUGCAGAGAGGAGUGCUCCGCGAUGUUAGUUUGAACUAUGAGUGUUCAAUAGUGCAUACAUAACGGUGCUCGGACUGAUCUCGUCGUGCUCACCUUAUUCCCGCUGUAUUACGCUUUCAUUUCAACGAAGUCCUUGAAUGCACGGUCCUGCACCUGUCGGCGGAACCCGCUUGCUACCGACCAAUCGUGAUGAACCAACGCAAGUUAUGGUAGCGAUGUCUUCAACUGGUUGCAUCACUGUAAGAUCGUUUCGCGCCACGCUGAUGCCUCUGUGCUGUUCUUGAAAUACCGUUUUCCAAAUGUGUAUGGAACUAGAAAAACACCGAGUAUUGGAUGCCAUUGUACUCGAUAGCGUGUUAUCGCUUACGCACGAAAUGCGCGUUUUACAUGCUGACAGAUCGUACCACUUUCGGUGGAACCAGAGGCGGCAGUGUAGGAUAACAGCGACCACGAGAAUUUCAUAGUGGAGGUGAUAUGUGCGCAGGCCUUAAUUCCACGGCGCUGCCGAGUCGAGUAGACAUAAUUUUAUAACAUAUCUGCAUACCUCUCGGGCGCACUCAGUUCCGAGAUUCGAACAAUCAUGCGUGAGAAAAAUGCACAGGCUCUAUCGCUCCCCGUUAUUAUUGUGCUUCUUUCGAGUUUUUCUGGCAAAAACAAUACACCCGUACGUCGCCACGGUAGAUUCUUUUUUUAUGUAUAAAAAUGUUCACUUUUCGUGCAUCGCGCGCGGUCCCAUAGCUGUCACUUGCAUUCACCCCCGUCCCCAUCGACAUGACGUUUGUGUCGUCUUUCUGCACCGUGAAAAAUUCAUAAAUGCACCGCUAGUCUAUACAUAGAAGACCACCGAGUGUACGAUGUCGUUGUGGUGCAUUUUUCGUGUCCGAGUGUUGUUUUCUUUGUUGUAACUGUGGAUGUAUAGGCCAGAGUGUACCGUCGUCACAUUUGAUCGGCCGGUGUGGCGCCUUGUGUUGCAAGCGUGGCACAGCGACGUUCUCUUGGCUGCUGUGUGCGACAUGUCGCAGUCCGCGGUAAUCGGCCGUGGAAUUCGAGCGCUGCACAAUGCUUACAAAAGGCCGUCUCAAUGGCCUAACUGUCUGGGCGGACUACGUCGGACCUAUCAUGGUGCGAACGAAUGAAUAAAGCUCCGCCCUCGGCUGCCUCCGAACAUAGCCUCCGAGAUUGCUGCGCGCCGGCGGCGCGCGCAUGUCUUGGAGGCUAUGGCCCGAUACCGUUGGAUUGCGGCUCUUGUGACAGAUCGCGCCACCUGGGUUUUCAAGCAUAGCGACGCAUUUACGCGCGUUUACAGUGCUUCGGUCUGUAUGUUUAACGCUAUCUACAAGUUCGGGAGUUGUGCGCGCAGGACGCGAUGAUUCCUUUAUCAAGUGUGGAUCCGAGACUGCAAGGCCAGCCGAAGCCUACGCACAUCAAGCCCAAGCACGACAGUGCAGCAUUGAGGGGAACCGCUCACUUGGGUUCCGACAUCGAGUGCAAUCUUCAAAGUGUUAUUUACAACUUUUUUUUUUCCAGAACGUAUUGCGUUUUUGAGACUGUGCAGGCUGGAACGUUUCUGAAGUGUGAGCAAACCGCGUUUGGCUGCUGCGCCCUGCGGUGUUCUGGAUCCGAGGGUCCCACUCAGUGUUGAGAUAAUACUAAACUAGAGCUCCAAGUCGGGCUAGUUGGUUGACAUGCAUGGUAUAAUUUUUUUUUAACUGCGCUAACUCACACUGACAAGGACGAGGCAAAAACUGCGCACGUCUUGUCUGCCUCGUCCUUGUCAGUGUGAGUUAGCGCAGUUAAAAAAAAUUAUACCAUAAUACUAAACAAUCGCUGUGGCGCCUGUCCGCUGGAAGCCUUGUCUGAAUUCAUGCGAACACGUAACCAUACAUUGCAUUUACGUGGUAGAUCUGGAAGCUACAUAUAACUCGCAAGUCUACGAAAAGCUGCUGUUGUGCUGGUUGCCGCUUAUUGGAAAAAUCAGCAGCAGCCGCGCAGAAUGCAAGCAGGCUGGCAGAGAGCCGCAGUUUGGGCCGGCGUAAUGUAAAGAUUCGAUUCAAAUGCUAUCUCGUUUCUCACCGCUACUAUAUCACUACUAUAUCAGUUAUCACCGGGAUCGGCCGGCCAUAAACGGCGGAUGAUUAUAAAAAGCAAUAGAAUCGCACACAAGGAUUUAAAACAAAUUACGGGUUUUACGUGCCAAAACCACGAUCUGAUUAUGGGAGGCACGCCGUAGUGGGGGACUCCGGAAAAUUUCGACUACCUGGGGUUUUUUUAACGUGCACCUAAAUCUAAGUACACGGGGGUUUUCGCAUUUCGCCCCCAUCGAAAUGCGGCCCUCGUGGCCGGGAUUCGAUACCGCGACCUCGUGCUUAGCAGCCCAACACCAUAGCCACUGAGCAACCACGGCGGGUUGCAGAAAGGAAUUCCUUACAUUAUGCCAGCCUUUUAUCCCUCGAGCCUGUCUUCUCUCGGACAUCUGAAAUUCUAACCGCCUGAAGUUUCUUUCUCCUUUCAAGCGCGCUCAAUGUUUUUUUUUUUCUUCUUUCUUUUUUUCCCCUUAAAGCUUGGAUGGCACUGAUACUGCGUUCAUAUACGUAGGUAUGCAUAUAAACUUGCUUGAAGAACAAUGAUGUCCUUUGUGUGAAACCAGACGAAAAUAAUUCCGCGUUACAUGACAUAGGAGAAUUUUGCCCCCUGAGCACUUUUAUGCACAAAAUUUGUAUUUCGAGAUGUUCGGGACAGUUGCUUCGCGUGUUCAGUAUAGCGGCAUCAUCCAUAAUUGCGCUAUCGAUAGGAUGUGUGUUUAUGUGGCUGAAGCUUGGUCGUACAACAAAUGACUCGGACAUUCACGAGGAGAAGUUGUUCGUAUUAUUUAUCGGCUGCUGUCAGGUGCUGCAGCUGGAAACAUUUGAAAAAAAAAAAGUUACCUACGGAAGCGAGAAUAAUCAGUCUAUCCUCAGGAGCCAGAUUGCGUUUGCCAUAGCUAGCACGUGGCACCGGCCGUCGCAUUUGCUGCGAGCAUCUGAUGAGUUGAAAGGGAAAGUUGGCCUCGUUAAACUUGCCGGUUUCCGUGGAACUCGAGGGAUUACUCGUUUACUGAGCCAACAAGUUACAAGCGAUCCUGUCACACGAUCUGAAAAGUCUCAAUCAUGCAAUUGUAAGCGGCGUUGUGCGAAACGUUGAGAGCGGACCGACUACAGUAUUUAGUCAAAAAGUACGCAUUGCAUUGAAUCGCGUGGCCUGGUGUGUCAGAGCCAUUGACUGAUGGACGUCCAGCAGCGACGUGUUCUUGCUUGCAAUGGGUCGAACUUUGACGCGUCAACUUCGGAAAUACUUCCGAAGGCAAGUUACGGAGAAACGCGCCCCGAACGAUGUGUUCAACGUUUUCUGUGUGUUUGACAAUGUACAUAGCAUAUUUGUUGUUUGAACUGUUAUUAUAUGUUGACAUUCCUCAACCAACAGGGUGUAUCCUAUGGUGUUUCUCAAGACAGUUGUCCUUCACGGCAUUUGUAAUGUCAUUUAUGCCGUAUAAGUGACAAGGGAAAGAACAUCGGUGCCCGCCUAGCACUGGAACUGUAGGCGUUGUGCGUCGCAAAAUAAUUUGGCUGAGCCAAGCGGCGUUCGCUCUUUGUAGAUGUGAGGGCCUCGCUGCAGGUUUUUUCGAAGGCUCUGACGGCACACACACCCGUUUUCCGUGCCCUUGAAUGCGAGGUGUUGGGGCGAGCGCUUCUUCGAAAGGACGUACACCCAGUAUCCAACCACAGUCAUUUAGACCGCGAACGCGCGGUUAUAAAUAAAAGCUCGUAACGAACGGUUCCAAGUUCAUUAAAUUCACACGAGCAGGUGUUACUUCGGUGGUUUGGUGGUUAUGCAUUCCACAAAUAUCGCACCGAUAUGGUACUCAUUUGUGACUAAAGACGUGCAACCAUGUAUAGGUUAAUUUAUUUUGCGUGUGCGUGAUUAGAGUAAGAGGAGCGCGACUUAUAGCCUAAUAAUAAGGAAUUGAUGACAAUGUGUCGGCAGCAGAUAUGGCUGAAACAGCUGUUUCUCUUCACGAUUUUUUUCAGCAAGCAUAACCUGCACUGUUAUUUCGUUCUUUUUUGGUUGCCCACCACGAUCUCUUGUUUGUUCUAUUCCGGUAGACGUUGGUGCUUUUGGAGCAAGCGAGAACGCACUGGAAAUGUGGGAGCGUGUUGCGGUCCAAUCGCAGACAUGGUUGUGCCUGUUGGGAUGUGCUGUAGCCUCAAUGCGAAAUGUUUUGACAAAGUGCAGCAGCUUGACGUAUACAGCUGCCUUACGCCGUUGAGACUUUGUUGGAAAUGACUAUAAGGUGCCAUGCAUUUCAAGUUUCGUCGGCCGCUGAGCGGCGUGUUGGAGCGCCCUACCGUAGGGUGCCUCGGUGUCCUGGCGAGGAGGACAUGGAGGCACCCUACCUUACCACCGUGGCGUUGUGGAAAUGCUUACUCUUUGAGCCGCGAGGGUUCUGGUUCGCGGCGUUAUACUGCCUCUGGUGGGAUCACUGUCUGCGAGUAUGUAUCCUUCUGCUUCGAAGAAAAGGGCACCGCGGUGAUGAGCAAUGGCGUUUGGCUUUUUUUUUUGUUGUUGUUUAACUGGGGCAUGUACCUUCGAACGUGCACGUCAGCAUGGCCGUGGCCGCAGGUGCGGGGGGGGGGGGGGGGGGGGGGGCAUGCUUUGGACAUAUCCUGAAGUGGACUCACUGGCUGUCUGGUCUUGAACGGCCAAGUCUAUAGGUAUAGGUGGGCUGAGUUGGUUGUCACUCAUUUCCCAUGCAGCGCAACCGAAACGAAUUAGCUUAUAUACACGAUAAGGACAAUUGUCUGUCUUGUGUACUUCCUAUAAUUGAUUGAUUUUAUUAGUUCAAUGGCCAGACACGGCCAAAUAGCGCGAGACGCGUGGUAAUGAUGAUUUGUCAAUUUGAUGAUUGUGUGGAUGCGCCAGUUGAUGAGUGACGCUUCUGCGCGAGUUCGUGACAAGUCGUGUUUUGUUUGACAGUAGUGCUUUUCUUUCGAGGCACGUUUGGUAAGUUGCAUUCAUUAUUAUUCAUUUCUCUGAGGAUACUUUGGAACAACUUUGAGUUUUAGAAACGUUCUGUUAGGCAGAGGGCAGUGUUGGUCUCUUCUGAUCGUGGUAGAGGCAGAUAACUUUUCGAAUUAAUUUGAUGUUUGCUUUCAGGAAAACGUGACAGCUGAGCGCUGGAGAAAAGAUAGCGUCAGUGGUUUUUUUUUUUUUUUCGCAGAAAUAUGUAGAUAGUUCGCGUGAGUUUCCGUUAAACUAAGUCUUUCUUUUCGGAUUUCGCGAGUUCUGAAUAUAACGCUAUAUCAGGUUAGAUACUGGUUAUUCUGCAGUCUACUUCAGCUGAUUUUAGAAAUCGCCGGAUGGCUGUUCCUGCACUCACGUAGAGAGUACCGCACCUUAGAAACGGGCUGCGCGGAUCGCUUUUAGUAAUGGUAUACUCUACAGAUUUCCUUUCUCUUCGACGUAUUAUGUAAGGAUAUGUCUAAGGCUAUGCAUAGACGUGUAUAAAGAAAGCCUGAAAAACGCCGCCUGCAAAAGUGGCUGAAAUAUAAGUUCAAUAAGAGUAUAUGGCCGUGGAUGCGGUGACGUAUGUUAUGGCCAUAAAACGUUCUGCGGAGUCACGGCAUAUUGAAAAGCUAAAACUUGCAGCGUUUAUAUUUCUCUUUGGAAAGCAAUACUGCUUCUUUGAUACACUUGAGCGCGAUGGUCUGCAGGCUCGUGCACCAAGAGACCCUCUGCGCAUGUGCAGACCUAACCUAAUCUAAAACUCUCUAUUGUCGCAGCGGUAGCCUCCGACGGGAGGUUGUGCUACGAAUCACGCAGCGUGCCAACAGCGUUUAAAAAAUUGCACGACCAACUUGUCGCCAAGCAUAUCGCUUCUGAGCUAGGGAACAAUGCAGGGUGAAGUGAAGCGCAACUUACGUUGUGACUGCGCUGAAAGCAAGUUGAUUCUAACCAGAGCCCGUUUCGGAAACGAUGCCCCCUUCACCGGCGCCGAGGCCUCGCGUGUCUGUAGGGAGGACGCUGCUUGUGGAGGACUGAACCAUGUCGCGUACUCGGCGGGGGUCAGUGACGUGUGUUUGUUGUGUAGCAUAAUAAGUGUCUCAUUAAUUUUCCUUGCCACUUGCUUCUUUUUUCUUCUGUUUUUAAAGGGACACUAACGAGAGAUACUAAAUCUGUUUCUACCGAUAAAGUGUUAUUUUAAAAGUAUAUUUUUGUUAUAAUUCGCUAUAAUUGGUUAAUGAUUAGGCUAUAAAAUGAAGGUCAAAGUUCAAUUUUUCUAAGUUUAGCGUCGAAACACCACGGUCACUACGUCUGUGUUGCAUCAUGGAUUUCAAAGUUUUUUGUUUGUAUGCGUACUGCGUGCGUGCGUGCGUGCGUGCGUGCGUGCGUGCGUGCGUGCGUGCGUGCGUGCGUGUGUGUGUGUGUGUGUGUGUGUGUGUGUGUGUGUGUGUGUGUGUGUGUGUGUG